AUGGAACAACCUCUUGAAAUGCCACAGAAGAAAUGUAUUCUUUGUUCUCAUUGGUCGUUUAACUGUCGAUCGUUGUCAUCUUCCACUUAUCGAUGGUUCCAUGAACAUCUUCGAUCACAGUACAAGGUUUUUGAUGAAAGGGAUCUAAAUCUAUGUACUACUUGCGUUGCCGAUUUUUACAAGUUGAAGGAAACAUUGACUAUUCGAUUAACUGAUGAACCAAUGGAUAUCGCAGAUGAAAUCAAUGAGAACGGUGAUGACAAUCAAUUUACAUUGGAAAAUAUUACUUUUGGUGGGAGUGGCCAUAAAAAGUGUGUUGUCUGCCGUCAAGAUAUUCGGAAUGGAGCAGUAACGAUGCCAAAAUCUGCGCGAUUAGAUCUACUCGUUAUCCAUUCAACGUACGCACCGAAAGGUGUUCGCUGUUGCUCAAACC